GCCCAACCCCAGCGGCUCGGCUCGGCUCGGCUGCGCUGCCAAAUCUCCCUCCGCUUCCCCGCUCUACGCUCCCCAGGUCGGUCGGGGGCGCGUGGUGCUUGCCAGCUGCCUUGCUAGCUGCGACGCGCUCGGUGGUGGUGGUGCUGCCGCCGCCAGAGUCUCCUUCGCGAGUGCCCUCCAUCCUUCCGCCCGUCCUCACGAGGAGGGUGCUGCCUGCCUGCCUGCCUGCCUGCUUGUGUGCGCUUGGCUUGGCGAAUCGGAGGACUUGGACUGGGAUCCGCGCGUGCCUGCCUCGAGAGCGGCGCUGGGCGCGGGCGCCGGAUCGGCGCAGAUCUGGAGGCGCAUGAGGAGGCGGCGGCGGAGGGGUAGCGGGAGCGAUGCGGUGCUGCUGCGGAGGAGGGCGACUUGAACCGGCGUGGGAAGGUGAUCCUGGAGGAGGAGGUGGCGGCGGCGGCGGCGGUGGAGUCGGAGGGUGGAGGAGGGAUGGAGGACGCCGCCGUGGCGGUGGCGGCUCCUCUCGCCGCGCCGCCGUUUAGCCCCGCCGCGGCGGGGCUAAAGCUGAUCGCCGCCGCGGCCGCGGACCCGAUCGCGGCGGCGGCCGUCGCAGGGGUCUCCGUGGCCCCGGUCCGGACGGUGUUGGCGGCGGAGGACGACGUGCCGCUGGCGCCGGAUGGGGAGGGAGGCGGGGACGCGUCGGUGGCGGGGAGCCCGUGCUCGGUCGCCAGCGACUGCAGCAGCGUCGCGAGCGCCGACUUCGAAGGGGUCGGGCUGGGCUUCUUCGCCGCGGCGGAGGCCGCCGUCCCCAUGGUGUUCGAGGACGCGGCCGCGUCGGCGGCCACGGUCGAGGCCGAGGCCAGGGUCGCAGCGGCCGGUAGGAGCGUCUUCGCCGUCGACUGCGUCCCGCUGUGGGGGUACACGUCCAUAUGCGGCCGUAGGCCGGAGAUGGAGGACGCCGUCGCCACGGCGCCGAGAUUCUUCGACGUGCCGCUGUGGAUGCUCACGGGCAAUGCCGUCAUCGAUGGGCUCGAUCCCAUGACGUUCCGCCUACCUGCACAUUUCUUCGGUGUGUAUGACGGCCACGGGGGUGCACAGGUUGCAAAUUACUGCCGGGAACGCCUCCAUGUGGCACUAGUGGAGCAGCUGGGCAGGAUACAGGGGACCGUGUGUGCAGCUAACUUGGGAGAUGUAGAGUUCAAGAAACAGUGGGAAAAAGCCUUUGUGGAUUGUUUUGCUAGAGUGGAUGACGAGGUUGGGGGCAAGGUGACCAGGGGAGGAGGUGAUGGCACAGGCACAAGUAAUGCUGCUGCGGCAAUUGUGCCAGAACCUGUGGCACCUGAGACCGUGGGUUCAACGGCAGUGGUCGCUGUUAUCUGCUCCUCACAUAUCAUUGUCAGCAAUUGCGGUGAUUCAAGGGCUGUGCUUUGCCGUGGCAAGCAACCCGUGCCCCUAUCAGUCGAUCAUAAACCUAACAGAGAGGAUGAGUAUGCAAGGAUUGAAGCAGAGGGUGGCAAGGUCAUCCAAUGGAAUGGUUAUCGAGUUUUCGGUGUUCUUGCGAUGUCACGAUCAAUUGUUCCAUGCACUGAUCGUCUUUCUCCAGAAUUGUUAAAUUCAAGGAAGCCAUGCAAGUGGAUUGUGCCCUUUGUUAUGAUGUAGUACAUGGUGCUGAAUUCACAUUCUGUUGAAAUAGUCAUCAUGCCUUGAGCAUCCAAAGAUUGGAUCUUGUAAUGGAGGUCCUGUCUGCAAAGUAGCUUAUGCCCUUGAAAUUCUGAUUCUGACUUCACUCAUUUGAUUCUGUCUCUAGAGCUAGUUUCUAUUAGCGAAUAAAGAUCAGGGUCCUACCACAUUUGAACACAAUUGUAGUUUCUAUUAGCGAAUAAAGAUCAGGGUCCUACCACAUUUGAACACAAUUGUUCUUGAAUUAUAGGAGCACUAGGAAAAAAAACCUACCUAUCCUAAAUCAUGAUAGCACCAAUUUCUCGUGAUCCUCAGUUUGUUCCAUACAUGAUUGUGCAAGUCACCGAGGUCUGGUUGUAGUUGUAUAGUUUGGUCAUGCCCUUUCGUAUGCUCAACUUUUGAGUAGAUAGGUGAUAUGUCUGUUCUAUACUUUUGUUCUCAUGUAGUCGUGUCUGUGCAAACAUUGCUUGGUUUGCGAGCCUGGGAAAUUAGGCAGCUAGGUCAUGGCCAUGAAUGAUCCCCACUUCUUUUCCCUGAAAUAAGUCUCUUUUUGGACGUUUGUGCAUUAAGGAACAGCACAAGAAGAAUUUGUACACUAAAUGGUGAAGUAGGGGUGAUGGAAAUACUAGGAUGUUGAAUAUUCUUCUGAAAGGACAGUCUUUCUCAUGCCUUAAAUGUUUUUCUCCACCAUAUUGCUGCUUUGUGUUUAGAAGCAGUUACUAUUGGGAAAAGAACAAUUUACUGAUACCUUUUAGGUGGUUAAAUGUAACAGUACUACUGAGCAUGAUUUGAUAUAGAUGUUCAAUUUAUAGUUGGGAAAUUUUCAUAGGUAUGCCAAUGGAUGCUUGAUUAGGUGUUUUCUUUUCUUAUCAUUUGAAAAUUUUAAAAACUCGAUCAUGUGUGCCGUGCUUCGAACCUGGGCAGAGCUGGGAGUUUCAACAUUUCCCUGAGUUCAACUGCUCUAACAGGUCCACCACGAGAGGCUUGACCUUCAUUUUGAAUUUUAAACAAACUCCUAAUGAGGCUCCAGUAAAGCAGCAAUCAUACAGUUGUUCCUGAGUAGUUCUUUAAGCUCAUAUACGACAGAACAGUCAAGAUAUGAUGUUGCACAUACGAUUGUUUCCUUUUUUUUGGCUUGCUAAAGUCAGUCUCUUUGCAUGUGAAUAUAUAUUCCAGUGGUAGCUAUAUAUUAAUAAUUUGGGCAAAAUUCGGAUUUUGAGUCUGGUAUCCUUAUCCUCAAAAUCCAAUAUAUGAUUUUUUGGAUGGAUCAUUAAAUUUGUCAAUAUCGAGAAGCAAAUUCAAACAAAUGGUUCAAUGCCUAAGGUCCCAGGCAUAUUUGGAACUGACAUUGCUUCCGCUUUCCCUUUUGGAAGCGUCAUGUCGAUAGUAUGAUGCAUCCAUACUAUCGGAGUUUGGGCAAGUUAUUUGGUUGCUUGGGAACAUCGUUGAGUACAUUGCUUUCUGUGCAUUUUUUCACUUUUACCGUUCUACUGCAUGUUGUCUUUUGAGUUCCUCACGUCUGAAGUGAAAUAUUUUCUACUGUGGUUUUCCAAUGUUUUGAUGCUUGUUGGUAUAUGACCUAGUCACUAUUUGCUGUUUUAGUUUCUAUGCACUUAUACAAGAUGUAUAUAGAUCUUCACUGUUGGCUUAUCAUGAGUUCAUGACAAUGAGCAUGCAUGUUGCUAGGUUUCUUCUGUUCAUUAGCAAUGAACGCAGGAGGACCUUUUGUUGCCCUUGAUUAUUGUUACACUAAGUGGACUAUACUCAGGCCUUGUGCCAAGUAUUUUCAAAUAUGCUUGUAGAAUAAAUGAAUACUUUUGUUGUUUUAUUACUAUAUAAUUUUUUAGUUUAAACAAAAAUCCAAGAUACAGAAACAUGUGUCAUAUUAUCAAUGACUUCUAUGUG